AAGCAUCCUAUUCUUGUUUCCUAGUACUUGAGAGUUGAGACAACAAACGUUGUCUUUGUCUGGAACGUCUUCACACGGGCCAAGCAAGAGUGACACAAUAUAGAGUACAGCUUAUAUAGUCACAGUUUGGUAAAUAACCGAUUUGAGCUUUGUGAGUGCUGCUACAAACUAUGUUCUCUGAUUUGUAAUCACUUCUCUUCUCUUUCUAAAUCAUGGAUGUUGCUGCUGUUGGUGGAGCUUUUCUCUCUGCUUUCCUUCAAGUUCUUCUCGAUAGGCUUGCUUCUCCUCAGCUUGUUAACUUCAUCUAUGGAAACAAGGUUGACGCCAAUUUGAUCCAAAAGUUGAAGAACACUCUUUAUGCUGUUGAAGCUGUUCUUAAUGAUGCUGAGCAGAAACAGAUCAAAGACUCUGCUGUUAACAAUUGGCUUGAUGAUCUCAAAGAUGCUCUCUAUAUUGCUGAUGACCUUCUCGAUCACAUUUCCACCAAAUCUGCUACUACUCAGAAGAACAAAGAGGUGAGUACUACUGCUUCUAGCUACUUGUCUCGCUUUUUCAACUUUGAAGAAAGGGAUAUGGUUCGUAAGUUAGAAGAUAUAGUUACUAGGCUUGAAUCCAUUCUCAAACUCAAAGAUAUUCUUGGUCUUCAACAUAUUGCAACUCACCACCACUCUUCUUGGAGAGCUCCAUCAACCUCUCUAGAUCAUGGAUCUAACAUAUUUGGUAGAAAUCAAGACAUAGAGGCCAUACUCAACUUACUGUUACAUGAUGGUGAUGAUAAUGAUAGUGAUAAGAUUUCUGUGAUCCCUAUAGUUGGCAUGGGUGGUGUGGGCAAAACCACUUUAGCCCAAUCUGUGUACAACCAUGAUGACACUGUAAAACAUAAAUUCGAUGUUCAAGCAUGGGUUUGUGUUUCUGAUGAUUUUGAUGUUUUGAAGGUUACAAAGGCCCUUGCUGAGGAAGUUAGAAGUGCUUGUAACACAAAUAAUUUGAAUAUUCUUCAGCAAGAUUUGAAGGAUAAGUUGACCGGAAAAAAGUUCUUAAUUGUUCUGGAUGAUGUUUGGACCCAAGAUUAUGACAGUUGGAAUUCUCUUACAAAGCCUCUUCGAUGCGGAGCUAAAGGAAGUAAAAUUCUUGUAACAACCCGUAUUCAAAAGGUUGUUUCUAUGGUCCAAACUUUUCAAGGUUACUCUCUUGAGCAAUUGUCUGAUGAAGAUUGUUGGUCUGUGUUUGCAAACCAUGCUUGCCUUUCUCCAGAAGAAUCCACUCAGAAUAUGGAUCUCGAAAAAAUUGGCAGAGAAAUUGUUAGAAAAUGUAAGGGAUUGCCUUUAGCAGCACAAUCACUUGGGGGUUUGUUGCGACGGAAACGUGAUAUCAGGGAUUGGAAUAAUAUACUCAAUAGUAAUAUUUGGGAAAUUGAUGAAAAAGAGAGUAAGAUCAUUCCAGCACUAAGAAUUAGUUAUCACUAUCUCCCUCCCUAUUUGAAACGCUGCUUUGUUUAUUGCUGCUUAUAUCCUAAGGAUUAUAAAUUUGAGGAAGACGAUUUGAUCUUGUUGUGGAUGGCAGAAGAUCUUUUACAGCCUCCAAAAAAUGGAAAGACUUUGGAAGAAGUUGGGCAUGAGUAUUUUAAUGACUUAGCUUCAAGAUCUUUUUUUCAACGUUUUGGAAGUGGAGACAUCUUCCGGCUUUUUGUGAUGCAUGAUCUGGUGCAUGAUUUGGCAACAUUGAUCGAGGCAGAAUUCUACUUUAGAACAGAAGAACUUGGGAAAGAAACGAAGAUUGGUAACAAGACUCGUCAUUUAUCAUUUAACAAUUUAAGUGAUCCAGUGACAAAUAACUUUGAGAUUUUCGACCGAGCAAAACAUCUUAGGACCUUUUUGACAAUCGAUUUUAGACCUACUCCAUUCAACAAUGAAAAUGCAUCCUGCAUCAUUUUGUCAAAUUUGAAGUGCUUGAGAGUUUUGUCAUUUCAAGGUUUUGAAUAUCUUAAGGCAUUGCCUGACUCGAUAGAUGAAUUAAUUCAUUUGCGUUAUUUGGAUCUCUCUUCAACAACUAUGAAGACACUACCGGAGUCAUUGUGUAAUCUGCAUAAUCUACAAACCUUCAAGUUGUACAACUGUGAUCAACUAACCAAACUUCCCAAUGGCAUGCAAAAGCUUGUGAAUUUGCGCUAUCUUGAUAUCCGCUGCACUCCAAAGUUAGAAGAUAUGCCUAAAGAAAUGAGCAAAUUAAACCAUUUGCAACAUUUGAGUUGCUUUGUUGUGGGCAAGCAUAAAGAGAAAGGGAUCAAGGAACUGGGAACACUGUCAAAUCUUCACGGAUCACUUUCCAUUAGUAAAUUAGAGAAUGUUACCAACAACUUUGAAGCAUCACAAGCGAAAAUGAUGGAUAAGAAGUACCUUGAAGAAUUAUCUUUUGAAUGGUCUCAUAAUGCAAAAGACAAUUUUACAAAUUCACAAAGUGAGAUGGAUAUACUAGACAAGCUACAACCUGUUAAGAACCUAAAAAAGGUGUCUAUAUGUGGAUAUAGAGGCACGAGAUUUCCAGAAUGGGUUGGAGAUCCUUCCUACCGAAAUUUGACUAAGUUGUCUCUAUUUCGUUGCCAUAAUUGUUGUAUUCUUCCACCACUUGGACAAUUACGCUCUCUCAAGCAAUUGAGAAUCAGUGGAAUGAGUAUGUUGGAGACUAUCGGAUCUGAAUAUGGUAAUUCCUUAUCAGGGAUUCGCUUUCCCUCCCUUGAACGUCUUGAGUUUGAUGACAUGCCAUGUUGGGAAGUGUGGCAUCAUCCACAUGACUCAAAUGCUUAUUUUCCUGUACUCAACUCUCUUGUGAUUCGUGGUUGUCCCUUAUUGCGGGGAGAUUUGCCAUCUCAUCUUCCUGCUUUGGAAACAAUUCAGAUUUUACAAUGCAACCAACUUGCUUCGUCUCUCCCAAGUGCUCCUGCCACCCGCAAAUUAGGGAUACAUGAAAGCAAUAAAGUAGCAUUGAGAGAGCUACCCAUUUCAUUGGAAGAGAUCCAAAUUGAUGGAAGAGAGUCAACAGAGUCCUUCUUUGAAAUCAUUGCCAUCACCCUACCGAUUUCUCUGAAAAUUGUAAAGAUCAAGAAUUGUUCGUCUGCGUUAUCGUUUCCUGGAGAUUGUUUACCCGCAUCCUUAAAUAGUUUGUUAAUCAAAAAUUGUAGAAAUCUAGAUUUUCCAAAGCACAAGCAGCAUGAGUCACUUAAAUGGUUGUAUAUAGAUCGUAGUUGUGAUUCUCUGACAACCCUCCCACUGGAGACCUUUCCCAACCUCAGUACUCUCAUCAUCGACAAGUGUGAAAAUCUAGAAUGUAUAUCCGCUUCAAAGAUUCUUCAAAAUCUCAACUAUAUUUUAAUUUACAACUGCCCCAAAUUAGUUUCAUUUGCAAGAGAUGAAUUGUCUGCGCCCAACUUGAGAAGAUUGGAUAUCUACUAAUGUGUUAAUUUAAAGUCAUCGACAAGUAAUUGCCCAGAAAUGGAGACGUUUUGUGAAGGUGGUAUGCUGCCUAGCUUGAUGCGAGAAGUUAAUGAGCAGCCCAUCUCUAAGUUUGAAGGAUUUUGCAUUGCUGCCUCCCUCCCUUACCUCUCUAACGCUAUGCAAUAUGCCAAGUUUGCACACCUUGGACUGCACAAAGCUUGAAAUCUUUGGACGUCCACUGCUGGAAGAACGGUGCCGCAUGAAACACCCGCUAAUUUGGCCCAAAAUUUCCCACAUCCAAGGCAUUUUGGUUGACAACAAAUGGAUUUAGUUAGCUUCAACUUGUAUUUUCAAUAGGUAAUUGUUCUGCUAUUCCUCACCUAAAUGCCACUUGUCCAGUUUCAUUCA